AUGAAAGCCGUUGCUCUUCACUUUCAGUUGCUCCUCGGGGUGCAGCUUCUCGCGCUGUUCUCCGGCUUCGUCCCGUGCUGGUGUGCGGACGUCGGGCCGCCGCAGGCGUCGCCCCCGACGGCGAACGCACUCCACGAAUCGACUCCCCAUGCGGAAGAACAUCACUCAGAUCUCGACGGCAAGGGCUCGGUCGCCUUCAGCGGCGCACGCGCCAUCGGCGCGCUGGGCAAGAAACGCAUCAUGAGCCUGAAGAAAUCUGGACGCAUCGUGGUGCUCCUUGCCUUCGCCUUCACGGUCCUCGGCAUGAGCGCCUGGAUCCGUCGCUGCAGACCGUCGCGUUCUGGACUGCCGGCGCAGGACGGCAGGACGCCGCGGCUCCUCGCCGCCGGCGGCGACGAAGACAAAGCCAGGAGCAGUGAAGGCAGUGGCGAAUGCGUUCGGCACUCGACCAUGACGCUGAAAAGCCCCGUGAUCUGGGGAUCCGAGGAUGUCGUGCCGCAUCUAUCCCGUUAA